AUGGACAAUUUAGAUAGUUUAGAAUUUGUAUCUCUUGCUCUGGAUUCAAAUAAAAAACCCUUGUUAUUCAUUGAUCUAUACGUCCAAAAAUUCCCGGCAGAACCCCUCAAAACCCUCAUUGAUUCAGGAGCCACAUCAAACUUCUCCCCUUUGAUUGUGGAAAAAUAUAAAAUCCCAAAAACCCAACUCAAAAAUCCACAAGUUGUGAGAAUGUUAGAUGGUUCACCUCACCGUCUUGGCCAAUGGCCACACCCACUCCAUCCCAUUUCUUGUUUGCCCAUUGGCAACACCCCGGCAAUCCUAGGCAUGACAUGGUUAACGGCAGAAGCUCCUUUGAUUGAUUGGCAACAGGGACUAGUCACAUUCCCUGAACAAGUUCAAAUUGCCUCCAAGGAAGAAGUGGACUCAGAUCCUUUAGCAGACCUUCCCCCUCAGGAGUAUGACAUCUCUAUAGACCUUGUCCCAGACGCCAAACUGUCCCCUGGCCCCAUAUAUGGCAUGACCGACGCAGAAUCAAAGGCGCUAAAACAACAUAUUGACAAGGGAUUAGCAAUGGGCAAGAUCCGCCUAGUACUUCCUCAGCAGGCGCCCCAGUCAUGUUUGAAGCUGAAUGAUGUAACUCACAAAAAUGUCUACCCCCUUCCAAGACAGGACAACCUCAUGGCCAAAUUAUGGCACGCCAAAAUAUUCACAAAGCUUGACUUGCGCUGGGGUUACAAUAAUGUACAAAUUAAAAAAGGCAAUGAAUGGAAAACGGCUUUCAGAACCAAGUAUGGGUUAUUUGAAUACUUAGUAAUGCCCUUUGGCCUCACCAACGCCCCAGCUGCUUUCCAACACUUUAUGAACAACUUAUUCCGCAACCUUAUUGAUGUCACUGUUGUCAUCUACCUGGAUGAUAUCCUGAUCUUCUCAGAAAACCCUAAGGACCACCCAAUCCAUGUCAGAGAAGUCCUAUCCUGGCUAAUGAAGAAUCAACUGUUUUGCAAAUUAUCCAAGUGCCACUUCCACGUUACCACAGUGGAUUACUUAGGAAUUGUCAUUUCACCAGCAGGCUUCUCCAUGGAUCAGAAGAAAAUCAAGGCUGUCACCACCUGGCCCCACACCCAGAACUGUCAAACAAGUCCAAGCCUUCCUAGGUUUUGUCAAUUACCUCCGCCGCUUCAUUCCUAA